AUGGCAGUCAGCCAGUCUGUCGUUGGCCGUGCUAACGCAGGGAAGGCCCAUGGUAUCAUUGGCCUUCUCAAAAACCCAUUCGUCUCCUUGACAUGCUGCUUUGCCUCUCUGGGUUGUAUCAUGUAUGGUUACGACCAGGGAGUCAUGGGCCCCAUCCUGGUUAUGGAGAAUUUCCAAAACCAUUUCCCGACCUUUGGAGGAUCCACCAUUCAGGGCUGGUUGGUGUCUGCUCUAGAGCUAGGUGCCUGGGCCGGUGCUCUGCUGAAUGGAAUCCUCGCUGAUCGUAUCUCUCGCAAAUAUGCCAUGAUGACUGCUGUCUUGAUCUUUACCUUAGGCACUGGCCUACAAACUGGUGCACAAACACCUGCCUAUUUUUUUUGCCGGCCGGAUUAUCGGUGGUGUGGGAAUUGUAUGGUCAUUCCGCUUUACCAGGCCGAAAUUGCUCCUCCAGAACUACGUGGAUCUCUAGUCUCUCUUCAACAGCUGUCUAUUACGAUUGGCACCGCUAUCUCCUUCUGGCUCGACUACGGCAUGCAAUUUGUCGGCGGUACGACCUGCGAUCCCGAGGGUAUCGCUAACCCCUACCUCGCUAGUGGUGCCUUUGACGCUACCCUUAGCAACGGACAUACCUGCCUCGGCCAGAAGACUAUCGCCUGGCGCCUACCUCUAGCCAUACAAAUUAUUCCUGCUUGGAUCCUUUUCUUCGGCAUGUUCUAUUUCCCCUUCUCCCCUCGCUGGUUGAUGAUGAAGCACCGUGAGGACGAAGCUCUCGCUUCUCUCUCGAGACUCCGCCGUCUCCCAUCCAACGACCCUUACGUCCGCGCCGAAUUCCUUGAAAUUAAAGCGGCUGUCAUGUUCGACGAAGAAACCGAGCGCGAAUCUGUCGGUGCUGGUGGUUCUCUGGCUCCCUGGAAGGCACUCUUUGCCCCUAACAUGAUUAAGCGUCUUUUCCUUGGCUGCGGUACUAUGAUUUGUCAACAAUUUACCGGUAUCAAUGCAGUCCUAUACUACGCACCCCAGAUUUUUGCCAGUUUCGGAUUCAGCUCCACCACGCAGACUCUUCUGGCUACUGGUGUGACCGGAAUUUUGCAGAUAGUCUUUACUCUCCCUGCCGUGCUCUAUCUUGAUAAAUUUGGUCGCAAAACCUUCCUUAUCGUCGGCGCCAUUGGCAUGUUCUGCUGUCAUAUCGUUGUGGCCACAGUCGAGGGUAUCUUUAAACCUAAAUGGGACCUCAACCAGGGUCUGAACAAAGGACAGGGAUGGGUUGCUAUUGUCUUUAUUUGGCUGUUUGCAGUGAACUUCGCCUACUCUUGGGGCCCUGUCGCAUGGGUCCUGACCCAGGAGAUCUUCCCUAAUAGCCAGCGCUCCAGGGGUGUUGCCAUUGUUGCUAGUACCAACUGGAUGUUCAACUUCAUCAUCGGUUUGACGACGAAGCAUAUGUUGGAUUCGAUGAAGUACGGCACCUACAUUUUCUUCGCCAUCUUCAGUGGCCUAGGCGGUCUUUUCAUUUGGAAGUUCGCACCCGAAACCAAGGAUAAGACCCUUGAGGAACUAGAUGUGUUCUUCGGUGGCUCCGAGGCAAGCAUUGCUGAGGCCGAUCGUCUCCGCAUGCAGAGAAUUAACCAAUCUCUGGGCCUAACUGGUGUUGAGAGGGUCGAGGACCUGAAGGAUACUACCAUCACCUCGGAGCAGAUCGAGAUGCAGGAGAGCAAGAAGGCCUGA